UUCUUGCGUGGUUUCAGAGGGGACAUGGGGUCCCUUGCAGGAGGGAUGGGGAAAAAAGGAUGAGGGGCGCCUGCGCCUUGCUGUUUCCUUCGCCACAUUUCCAAGGGCGUUCAUACAGAAAAAGGUUGCUGCCGACGGCGUACUCCGCCUGAUAACUGUGGAGUCAAGGGAUCGUCAGCGCACUGCACAGAUUGCCGUGCCACCCAACUUGGCAAAGUCCUGUAAUGCCUCUUCCGACCCCGCAUCCUCAUCCCUGUCACCAUGCCAUUCUUCAUUUCCGUGGUUUUGUGCGUUUGAUGGCGCUUCCGCUGGGGAAGGAGAAGAACUGCCCAUGUUGGGAACGUUUGUUCCGCCGUGUGGGCUGCUACUGGCUAGUGCGCCUUGUGAUGAGUCAAGAAUGUUGGUUAUCCCGGACGAUGUGCCGAAUAUGGCGAUUGUGGACGGAUUCAUACCUGUUGUGAUGAAAUCCACGGAGUCACUCGCUACUAUAACCGAAUUACGUCUCACUUUGAAGGAUCAUUGGGCAGUGCUGAAGCCGCUGCCUGUUGACACACAAGAUAUCGUAGACAAACUGCUGGUGUCGGAGCACUCCUUGGCAAAUGUUCUGCAGGCAGAGCUGCUGGACUGA